AUGUCUGACCUCAAGUUUAAGCUCAACACUGGUGCUCAGAUUCCCGCUGUUGGCCUGGGAACUUGGCAAUCCAAGCCUGGUGAAGUCAAGGCUGCCGUUUCAUACGCCCUUCAGAACGGGUACAAGCUCGUCGAUGGCGCGUACUGCUACGGUAAUGAAGGUGAGGUUGGGCAGGGUCUCAAGGAGGCUUUUGAGGCUGGUGUGAAGCGCGAGGAUGUGUUUGUUGUGAGCAAGGUGUGGGCGACGUAUAAUACCCGCGUUGCGGAGGGAUUGGAGAAGAGCUUGAAGAGUUUGGGGCUGGAAUACGUGGACUUGUUCCUCAUUCACUGGCCGGUUUUGCUCAACCCCGAGGGUAACGACGACAAGUUCCCUACUCACCCUGACGGAUCGCGCGACAUCAUCAAGGACUGGAACCACGUCGAAGCGUGGAAGCAGAUGGAGCAGGUAUUCGCGAGCGGCAAGGCCAAGGCCGUUGGUGUCUGCAAUUACAGCAAAAAAUAUCUCGAACAGCUUCUCCCGCACGCAAAGGUCGUCCCCGCUGUCAACCAGAUCGAGAACCACCCCAGCCUUCCGCAGCAGGAGAUCGUCGACCUGUGCAACCAGAAGGGCAUUCACAUCAUGGCUUACAGCCCCCUAGGAAGCACCGGCGGGCCCAUGAUGAGCGCAGCCCCUGUUGUCAAGCUCGCUGAGAAGAAGGGCGUCAGUCCCUCAACUAUUCUGCUCAGCUACCACGUCGCACGAGGCAGUACCGUCCUUCCCAAGUCCGUCACGCCGGCUCGUAUCAAGGCAAAUCUCGAAACCGUCAAGUUGGACGCCGAGGACAUGAAGGUUCUUACUGACUACUCUGACGAUUUGACCAAGAAGGGCGAGCUGAAGCGCUAUGUGUACCCGCCUUUUGGAAUCAACUUUGGAUUCCCGGAUAAGCAGUAA